AUGAUAUUUGGCUGUGAGGAGUUUCUUGUGCGUGUACAGGCACAAGUUAUGACCAGGGAUGAUUCAAGUGGGGGUUGGGUACCAAUGGGAGGGGGUGGGCUUAGCAAUGUCGGUUUACGGAGACUUGUGAAGACAAAUGGUGAAGAUCAUACAAGAAAUGAAUAUUUGAUACAAGGAGAAAGAAUAGCAGACAAAUCUGUGGUGCUGGACUGUAUACUAAAAAGAGAUAUUCGUUAUACAAAGGCCAACCCUAAAUUUCACCACUGGCAGACUGAUGACAAGAGGUUUGGUUUGACAUUUGAAAGGUCUGAUGAUGCCAAGGCAUUUGACCGUGGAAUUCGGCGUGCAGUUGCUGAUCUAGUGGACGGGGUGUGCAAUCCAGAUGGUGAUGAAGAGGUCUUUGUGCUGCUUGACCUUCCGAUGUCUGGACAGUCAUCACAGUCUGCCUCCACAACAUCUACGACCACAAGUAGCCCCACCCCCCAGUCUCCAGAAUCUACAAUAUCGGGCUUACCAGAGUCCUUCCAAUUCAGCCCACAUGCCAAUCAUGGCCAUCUACACCGUGUGCACUAUAUUCCUACCACAUCCCCUCACAGAAAUGUGACAAGUGGUAGUGUCAAUAAGCCCUCAUCACCCCCUAGUGACAAAUCUAGUAGUAGUAAGUCGGACACAAUUGAUACUAGUAGUUUCAGUCGAGAUGAUAUAUGGAUCAAACCGGAUGAUCCAACAUCUUUGAGCAGUAAAUCCGAGCAAGUUCUCCUUGACUGUGCAGAUAAUCUAGAAAUGAAGGAUUACCAAUAUGUAAUAUUUGCCAAAAGUAAACAACAACAUGAAUAUAGCUAUCCAACCUUAGAGUCAGUACAGAAACCACCGUCGAAACGGGAAUCCACAAGUAAUAUCAAGAGACAGCCUUUGAUCCAGCAACUCCCACCUUUACCUAGAAAGCAGAAAGACAAGCAUAGAAAAACAACACAGCGGUUGAUACCACAACAGAAGUCACGGUGUAAACACUGCCAUGAUCUGUUCUCUCAUGAGGAGAAUGGGAGAGGCAGUUGUGAGGAUGCACCGGACGGGGUGGAGAAGUGUAUAGAAUGUGUCACUUGUGUAUGGUGCCCUAAGUGUAUUAUCUACCAUUGCAUGUCUGAUCCAGAGGGAGACUAUGGACACCCCUGUAUGUGUGAUACCACUGAUGACUCCAACUGUAAAAAGUGGACUGCUUUGACAAUUCUUUCCCUGUUUGUUCCGUGUUUAUGGUGCUAUUGGCCACUAAUGGCCUGCCACAAGUGUGGAGUAGCCUGUGGCUGCUGUGGGGGCCGACACAAGGCUGCGUAG